ACCUCAAUCCCGAGUGCAGGUAAGACGUACCUCCUUAAAAAAAAAAGUUUCCUGGGUGUGAAUCAGAAGUGAAUCGGAGUGUGUGCAGUAAUUUAUUUCCAAAAAAAUGGAGAAGGAAUCGUCGGAUAAACGCGAGACCCAGUGGCUCUAUGUGCUCUGGUACAUCCACCUUUACAUAUUGGGAACUUACGGAAUUUACAAGUUGGCUGACGCCACGUGGCUCACGUUCUUCUUCGCUGUUUUCAUAGUGUCGAUGGGGGCACUGGGGAUAACAGUGGGGGCUCAUCGCCACUGGGCGCAUCAGUCUUUCGAGGCUCAUUGGUUCAUAAAACUGUGGUUUAUGAUUUUUCACACUCUGGCAGGUGUUGGACCAAUCUACGACUGGGUCCUCGCGCACAGAAUCCACCACAAGUUUUACGGAACGGAAAAGGACCCCUACAAUCACAACAGAGGCUUCCUCUACAGUCAUCUGAUGGUGAAUCUCAUGAGCAAUCCCGAGAAUUACGAGCAGACAGCCAAACUGAUUGACAUGAGGGACAUCGAGUCUGACGGAAUAGUCUGGGUCCAAAGAAAGUUCUACUGGCCCCUCUUCAUCGUGAUUGGCCUCCUCCUACCAAUAAAUGCACCAGCCGAGUACUGGGGUGAAUCAAUAUCAAAUUCAGUAUUUGUCCUCGGAUUUUUACGACUAGCAAUUCUGGUGAACAUCUCAUUCCUAGUCAACAGUGCAAUGCACAUUUGGGGACUCAAACUAACAGACAAAUUUCCACCAGACGACAAUCUAGUAUUUUUACUCAAUAGAUCAUUCUGGUUAAAUUACCACUAUCUCCUACCCUGGGACUGGAGAACCGACGAAUUCGGUGGUUACGACACAGGCGCAACUUGUUUUACAAUAAAAUGCCUGAAUGAACUUGGAUUGAUUAAUAAUCUGAAGACAUCGUCGAGUGAUCUGAUAAGGGAUGCCCUCUACAAAGCGGCGACCAGUAAAAAAUCGACCGCUGAAAUAUUAGAUGAGCUGAAAAAAGCUGCUGAAUACGAAACUGCCAGGAUCAAUCUUCAUUACCACCACUGAUCGUCAUGAGAACGAUUGCAGAGUUGGAAGCGACGAUCAAACAAUUUUAAUGCUAAAUAUUAAUUAACUUAUGCUCUAGGAUAAUUAGUUUGCAUUAAAGUGUAUUUAUUCUACCACUGUAACAUCAUCACGAUCAUUUCAAUGAAAACGUCCAUAAAAAAUGUAGAAAAAUCGUUGAGAGAUAAUACAUUAUUAUUUGACAUCGAGAAAAAUUGUUUUUUAUUCCUUUAA